UUCUCCUCGCUUUUCUUUUAGAAACUGUCACUAUCCGGCGGCCGCCUUUCGUUUCCCUCAGCGCUACCAAGAUGCCUCUAGAGUUUGAGCUGUGUCCCGGACGGCCCAUCGGAGGAAAACAUCCGUGUUUCAUUAUUGCUGAGAUUGGACAGAACCACCAGGGAGACCUCGAGAUCGCCAAGAAGAUGAUUAAAAUGGCAAAGGACUGCGGUGCUGACUGCGCCAAAUUCCAGAAGUGCGAGCUGGAGUACAAAUUCAACAAAAAAGCCCUGCAGCGUCCGUACACCUCCAAGAACUCCUGGGGCAAAACCUACGGCGAACACAAGCGCCACCUGGAGUUCAGUCAUAAUCAGUACAGGGAGCUGCAGAAAUACGCUGCAGAGGUGGGGAUCUUCUUCACGGCCUCGGGGACGGAUGAGAUGGCAGUAGAGUUUCUCCACGAGCUCAACGUGCCUUUCUUCAAAGUUGCAUCUGCAGAUGCCAACAACUUUCCAUAUCUGGAGAAAGCGGCCAAGAAGGGCCGUCCCAUGGUGGUGUCCAGUGGGAUGCAGUCGAUGAAGACGAUGCGUCGCGUCUACAAGACGGUGAAGGAGCACAACCAGAACUUUACCAUCCUGCAGUGCACCAGCGCGUAUCCUCUGGAGGCUGAAGAUGUCAACCUCAGAGUCAUCGCGGAAUACCAGAAGGAGUUUCCCGAUAUUCCCAUCGGGUAUUCUGGUCAUGAGUCUGGGAUCAGCAUCUCUGUUUCAGCUGUGGCUCUGGGAGCGAAGGUCAUUGAGCGUCACGUGACCUUGGACAAGACAUGGAAGGGGACCGACCACAAGGCCUCGCUGAUCCCCUCUGAGCUGGCGGAGCUGGUCCGCUCCGUCCGUCUGGUGGAGCGGGCGCUGGGAAGCGGCGUCAAGCAGAUGUUGCCCUGCGAGAAGGCGUGCCACGACAAGCUGGGCAAAUCCGUGGUUGCCAAGGUGAAGAUCCCCAAGGGAACGGUCCUGACGCUGGACAUGCUGGCGGUGAAAGUGGCGGAGCCCAUGGGCGUCCCGGCAGAGGACAUCUUCCAGCUGGUUGGGAAGACGGUGACGGAGGAGGUGGAGGAGGACAACAGUGUCCUGCCGGAGGUGGUGGACAGCUACGGCAAGAAGGCCGAGUGUUGAUCACAGCAGAUGGUUGWAACUUGUUGGAAAUAAAAAGGCACUUAUUUCUUUUUGGUUUGUUUUGGGGGGUUUUAUUCUUAAUGGGAUAAUUUGGAUGUUCACACAUUAAGUAUGAGGGUGAUUUUACUUCCUAGAUAAUCAGAAAUUUGCCAAAUGGUUGGUAAGUGGAGUGAAAUAGCUUAAAUCUUUUGAUGGAUGAUUAAAAAUUUUUUUUUUUCAGAAAGUGGCCUUAACGAGACGUUUUCUGGCUAUUUUCAUUUUCUGGUCGGUGCCUUCAGAAGCUCUGUCUCUGGUACUCCUGUUAUAAAUCUGUCUGACAAUAUAAUUUCCCUUUGCCAGAAACUUUAGGCAAGGUGUUUUUGAAGCAUUUGUGUCUGAAUUAUGUCUUAAAGAAAAAAAAACCUUAAAAUAAAAUCUUGGCAAAUA